CGGGUGCACCCAACGAACUCAUCCCCAUGUUCUCUCUUGCCUUUCUUCCCCGCAACCACAACAAGAUUCGUAGCUCCUCUCCUCUCCCUCUCUCACUCACACUCUCUCUAUAUAUGCGUGUGUUUCUCUGCACUCCUCUCUCACCACAACAAUUCAGAGCUAUCCUGUCUCUCGUCCGUUGUCCACACAGCGCAAAGGCAGAGGAAGAGGAGGAGGAGAUGGAAGGCUGCAACGACAAGUCAUCAGCCUCUUCCAUGGAGAAAGAGACCUAUGGUGAAAGCAAGUAUGGAGGAAUUGCACCCAAGAAGCCUCUGAUUUCAAAGGACCAUGAGCGCGCCUACUUCGAUUCCGCAGAUUGGGUCCUAGGCAAGCAAGCUGAAAACGGCAGUGCAAGAGCAGCAAUUGAGUCCUUGAAGCCAAAGCUAAAGGUCAGUACAGAGGGGAGACCAGUAGUGAACCAAUUGAAAUUGACUGCACUGCACUGCACUGCAAAGAACGCCUCAUCACCAGCUUCCCCCUCGCAAACCGACCUGUGCAUCUAGCUGAUCACUUCUGCAAGAGGUGAAGAUGGAAUGCUCCCUGGCCAAUCACAGGGGAUGGAAAAUGGGAGUAGCAAUUUAAUUAGUCAUAUCUUAGGAAACAAAAGCCAGGAUUGAACCCUGCAAAUUGGAGUAUUGAUUCUUGGUGGAGCCUAAGCUUUGUCAGUAUAGGCUAGACAUAUAUAUGAUAUAUACUAUUGCCAUGGUUAAGUUAGAUGUUGCUUGGUUGCAAGUGUUUUCUUCCAGCAACUCUGUAUCCUCCAAUCCAUAUUUGAAUGUUUCAAACUUUUACAAGAAAUUGCACAGAAGGCCCAAUUUUGGGGCAAGGAA